CACUGGUUAUUGCUUGUUUACACCCUCAAAUUUGCUAGCCAAUCAACACUGAGCUUAAGCUUAAGCUAAUGCUAAUGGUAUAUCACAAACCCAAAUAGAUUAAUGAAUUGUUGCUUGCUUGGUGUGCCAUGGCUUCUCUUCUCAAAGUAUCUUCCUUUAUCUAUCCUCUGCACCAAAAGUUGAAUUAUGUUAGCUUUUCACCCAUAUCCACAAAUGUGCAAUCCAAAGUUUAUCAUGUUAGUGUAAAAAAUGGGAGAUGGAAUGCUCCCAGCAUCACAAUAAAAGCUCAGACUGCUGUUGAAGGGGAUGUAAUUAACACUGAAUCAGUCUCCUCCGAUGAACAAAGCGAUUAUGGGGUUGUUAGUGUUCACCAUGUUGGAAUUUUAUGUGAAAAUCUAGAAAGAUCGCUCGACUUCUAUCAAAACGUUCUAGGUCUGAAGAUAAAUGAAGCAAGGCCACAUGAUAAGCUUCCAUACAGGGGUGCUUGGUUGUGGGUAGGAUCCGAGAUGGUCCACUUGAUGGAACUUCCCAAUCCCGACCCUUUAACCGGACGACCUCAACAUGGUGGUCGAGAUCGUCACACUUGUAUUGCAAUCCGAGAUGUUUCUAAGCUCAAAGCAAUCCUUGAUAAAGCUGGAAUUUCCUACACACUUAGCCGUUCUGGAAGACCAGCGAUUUUUACUCGUGAUCCCGAUGCCAAUGCCCUAGAGUUCACACAAAUAGAUGACUAGUGUUUUGGAAAUUAUUACUAUACAGAUGAUUGUAUGUAUAUAUGUUAAGGCUGAACAAGGUUGUUGAGAUCCUUUAUGACAGAUAGGAGCCAUGGUGAUACAACCCCUAUCGUAGCAAAUGCCCUCGAGGCAAUAUUGGAACGCCCAGUGAGAAUGUUGAAAUAGUUAAUGUCAGAUCAAUAACACUGAAAGAAGAAUAUAGAUCCUUGCUGUUGUGGCUGAAGCCUGAAUUGCACACCAUAGUGCGAGGUUUCAUUCCUUCUGUACUUUGCACAAGUUUGCUAUACUCCUAGCUUGAUGCUUUCUUUGAUGUAUUUGCAUUAUAUAAGCUCUAUUUAAGAACCAAUGAUUAUGAUGAAUAUUAAGAAGGUUAUUUUCAUCCUUUAAA